AUGAAAUUUGGACCAUGUUUCGGCAAAGGAAAAGAUGUAGACGUAGAAGGCGAAUACAAACCAGGUAAAGUAGAAGUUAAAGGUCCAUCUGUCAGCGGUGAAGUUGGUGCUGCCUCUCCUGAAAUGAGUGGAGAUAUUAGUGUUGAAUCACCUGAAGCCAAAAUCAAAGGAGAAAAGCCCAAGUCUAAACUAGGAUCCUGCUUUGGAAAACCCAAAGGGCCAAAGGUGGAAGAGAUAAGUGCAGAGAUCAGUGCUGAACAGCCCAAAGCUAAAAUCAAAGGGGAGAAACCUAAAUCAAAAUUAGGAUCUUGCUUUGGUAAGUCCAAAGGCCCAAAAGUUGAAGGAGAAUAUAAACCAAGCAUUGAUGUUGAAGGCCCAGAAGUAAGUGGUGAAGUAGCGGUUCCAUCAGCCGAAGUUAAGGGCGACAUUAAGGUUGAUUCACCUGAUGUUAAAUUGAAAGGAGGAAAACCCAAAUCAAAGUUUGGAUCCUGCUUUGGAAAACCAAAAUCACCUGAAAUUGAGGGUGAAUAUAAACCAGGAAAAGUAAGUGUAGAAGGACCUGAAGCAGAGGCUGGAGUUUCAGUCCAAUCUCCUGCUAUUAAGGGUGAUGUUGAUCUAGAGUCUCCUGAGAUAAAGGUGAAAGGCAGUAAACCAAAGACCAAAUUUGGAUCAUGCUUUGGAAAACCCAAGAGUGGAAAACUGGAAGGGGAAUACAAGCCAGGAAGAGUUGACGUAGAAGGUCCUGAAGUAAGUGCAGGAGCCAGCGUCAAGCGUCCUGACAUUGAAGGUGAAAUUGAUAUUGAAUCGCCUGAAGUAGAAGUGAAGGGUAAAAAGGUUUCUGGAAAGCCAAAAGCCAAACUAGGAUCAUGCUUUGGCAAACCCAAAGAACCCAAAGUUAAAGGAGAAAUAGACAUUGAAGGUCCAAGAGUAGAAGGUGAAGUGCCUACUGGAAAAGCUGAAGUAGAUGUCAAGGGUCCUGAGAUGAAAGUGAAGAAUAAGAAGAUAGAUAUAGAUGCUGAUGUAGAACCAGGAAGCAUCAAGAUUCGUCCCGAAAAACCAAGCAUGGGAGGUAAAAUAUCAGUGGAAGGUCCAAGUAUUGAUGUUGAACCAUCAGUAAAAGUAAAGGGACCUUCAAUGCCAGAAGUACCAGAAUUGAAAGGUCAUUUGGAUGUGGAUGCAGAUCUACCUGAUUUUGAACCUUCCAUAAAAAUCAAAGGUGAUAUUCCAGAUAUCCCAAAAGUAGAAGCUGAAAUAGGAGGGAAAGCAGAUAUUCCAGAAAUUGAAAUCAAGGGUAAUGUGCCAGCACUUCCAAUAGAGGCAAGUGUGGAUGCACCUGAAUUGAAAGUGGAAGGAGAGUUACCAAAACUGAAAACCGAAGGUGACAUUGACAUUGGAAUAAAUGUUCCAAGUAUUUCAGGAGAUAUUAAGGGAAUAAAUAUUGAAACACCUGAGUUCCCAAGUGGUAAAAUUGAAGGAGAUAUUAAAGGUGACUUACCAAGCAUUGAUAUUCCUAAAGCUGAAGUGUCUCUACCAGCAGGCCCUGAAUUACCAAGUGCAGAAAUCAAGGGAGAAUUGAAAGGUCCAGAGAUCUCGGGAUCAGCCCAACUACCAAAGGCUGAACUAAAGACAAAGAAAGCCAAACUUGGUCCAUGUGCUUGUUUAGGCAAAUCAGGCAAAAUUGGCAAAGAAGAACCAUACAUGGCAGCAGAAGCUGGAGGAAAAGUAAGUGGAGAAGUUGAAGGCGUAGAUGUGAGCGUAGAAGGACCCAAAGGUAGUGUUGGAGUAGAUGUUGAAUCUCCUGAGAUAAAGGGUAAGAAAGUAAAGGCUUCAGGUAAGCCUAAAAUGUCAUUAGGAUCUUGCUUUGGGAAAGCAAAACCACCUAGUGCCCGUGGUGAUAUAUCAGCUGAUGCUGGUGUUGAAGGAACCAUUUCUGCAGAGCCACACAUCAAAGUUGAAGGAGCAGGAAUUGCAGGUCCUAGUGCAGAUAUUACCCUUCCUGAAGGAAAGGUUGAAGCUGAUAUUGAAUCCCCAGAAGUUAAAGUGAAAGGAGGAAAAGUAUCAGGAAAAGAUGUAGACGUAGAAGGCGAAUACAAACCAGGUAAAGUAGAAGUUAAAGGUCCAUCUGUCAGCGGUGAAGUUGGUGCCGCCUCUCCUGAAAUGAGUGGAGAUAUUAGUGUUGAAUCACCUAAAGCCAAAAUCAAAGGAGAAAAGCCCAAGUCUAAACUAGGAUCCUGCUUUGGAAACCCAAAAGCCCAGAAGGAGAAAUCGAAUAUAAGCCUGCUAAAUUUCAGCUGA